CGGGAGCCGAGUGGGAGCCGAGCGGGAGCCGAGCGGCGGCUGGAACAUGUGGCGACCGUCCCCACUUUGCCACUUCCACUGCGCUGUGCUGCAGAGCAGGCCCCAGCGCUGGCCAGUCCCCGCUGCCUUCCUCAGGAGAAGCCUCAGCGUCCUGCCUGCUCGGUGGUCCUUGAGACCCCAGCCCCUGUGGAAGAAGGUGCUCUCCUCCACGGCAGUGGGGCUGCCCCUGCUCCUUGGCAUCCGCUACGUCGUGGCAGAGCCUCAGGAGAAGAGAAGGAUGAGGCUCAUGGUGGACGGUGUUGGGCGCUUCGGCAGGUCUCUGAGGGUCGGCCUGCAGAUCUCCGCGGACUACUGGUGGUGCACGAACGUCAUCCUGCGAGGGGUGGAAGAGAACAGCCCGGGAUACUUGGAGGUGAUGUCUGCGUGUCAUCAGCGGGCGGCUGAUGCCCUGGUGGCUGGGGCCAUCAACAACGGGGGCCUGUACGUGAAGCUGGGUCAGGGGCUAUGCUCCUUCAACCACCUGCUGCCCCCUGAGUACAUCAAGACACUGCGUGUGCUGGAAGACAAGGCCCUCACUCGUAGCUUCCGGGAGGUGGAUGAGCUAUUCCUUGAGGACUUCCAGGCCCCGCCCCACGAGCUCUUCCAGGAGUUUGACUACCAGCCCAUUGCUGCCGCUAGCCUGGCCCAGGUACACCGUGCCCGGCUGCACGAUGGCACUGCCGUGGCUGUGAAGGUGCAGUACAUCGACCUGCGGGACCGCUUCGAUGGGGACAUCCAGACCCUGGAGCUCCUGCUCAGGCUCGUGGAGCUCAUGCACCCCAGCUUCGGCUUCAGCUGGGUCCUCCAGGACCUGAAGGGGACCCUGGCCCAGGAACUGGACUUUGAGAAUGAGGGCCGGAACGCUGAGCGCUGCGCACGGGACCUGCAGCACUUCCACUAUGUUGUGGUCCCCCGAGUGCACUGGGACACGUCCAGCAAGCGUGUGCUGACAGCUGAGUUCUGUGAGGGCUGCAAGGUCAACGACGUGGAGGCCAUCAAGUCCAUGGGGCUGGCUGUGCAGGAUAUAGCAGAGAAGCUCAUCAAAGCGUUCGCUGAGCAGAUAUUCUAUACAGGCUUCAUCCACUCUGACCCCCACCCUGGCAAUGUUCUGGUGCGGAAAGGCCCGGACGGGAAGGCAGAGCUGGUGCUGCUGGACCAUGGGCUCUACCAGUUCCUGGAUGAGAAGGACCGCUCAGCCCUGUGCCAACUGUGGCGGGCCAUCAUCCUGAGAGAUGACAUCUCAAUGAAGACGCACGCGGCCACACUUGGGGUGCAAGACUACUUCCUGUUCUCGGAGGUGCUCAUGCAGAGGCCCGUGCACCUGGGGCAGCUGUGGCGCUCUCACCUGCUGAGCCGCGAGGAAGCGGCCUACAUGCAGGCCAUGGCCCGGGAGCACUUCGAGGACAUCAUGGCUGUGCUCAAGGCCCUGCCUCGGCCCAUGCUGCUCGUGCUGCGCAACAUCAACACUGUCAGGGCCAUCAACACUGCCCUCGGCACCCCUGUCGACCGCUACUUCCUCAUGGCCAAGAGUGCGGUCAGAGGCUGGAGCCGCCUGGCAAGCGCAGCACACCCAAACGUCUGCAGCAGCAGUCUCCUGCGCCACAUCAGGGUUGUCUGGGAGACGCUGAAGUUUGAAGUGGCCCUGAGGCUGGAGACCCUGUCAAUGCGGCUCACCGCCCUCCUAGUUCGAGUGCUGGUGCACCUGGACCUCAUGCCCAGGACUGAGGAGCUUUACCGAUACCUGGAGACCUAGGGACCCAGAGCAGGAGGCCCAGGACUAGAGAUGUGAACACCCCCAAGACCUGGGACACCAGAACAACUGUCAUCUAGAGUGGGGGGGAGGGGUGGCUCUGACCACGGGUGGGGCCAGGAGGCCCUGCAAUGACCACACACACUUC